AUGGCCCACCCCCCACUUGAGACGUUCCAGAUCGGGUGGAUAUGUGCCUUAUCCAUCGAGCUCGCUGCCGCCAAGGCAAUGCUGGACGAAAAUUUUGGCAUUCUUGACGUGCAAGAUUCACGCGACCCGAAUACCUACACCCUUGGUCGAAUCGACAAACACCACAUUGUGAUCGCCUGCCUCCCCGCCGGCCAAUAUGGAACUACGUCAGCCACGACUGUUGCAAAUAAUAUGGUGCGCACCUUUUCGAACUCUCUUCGAAUUGGAAUGAUGGUCGGCGUUGGCGGUGGAAUUCCGUCGGCUGCUCAUGAUAUUCGGCUUGGGGAUGUUGUGAUUAGUUGUCCUGAAGGCACUUCUGGCGGAGUACUUCAAUAUGAUAUGGGCAAGGUCGGCACAGAGGGGAAGUUCCAUCGAACUGGCUCUUUAAAUAGCCCACCUAGAGCCCUGUUAACAGCAAUCAAUUCAAUGAGAGCCGACGAGCUCACGGACGAUCCUCGCUAUCCUGAAUAUCUCUUUAAGGCAAUCGGGAAAACGACACGCACUCAGAAGAACUUCAAACGACCAAAGGAAGAUCGGCUUUUUAAACCUCAGCAUGAUCAUCCUACAACUGCAAGCACUUGUGAUGGGUGUCUAGCAGAAUGGGAAGAAACACGAAGUCAACGUGAGACUAGUGAUCCACAAUCCCACUACGGUAUUAUUGCGUCUGGAAAUGCUGUGAUCAAGGAUGCAUACACACGCGAGCAGCUUAAGCUAGAAACCGGGGCCUUGUGCUUUGAGAUGGAGGCAGCUGGCUUGAUGAUAGACUUCCCUUGUAUUGUUGUUCGCGGAAUCUGCGAUUACGCCGAUACACAUAAGAACAAGCAGUGGCAAGGAUAUGCGGCCUUGGCAGCGGCAUCAUAUGCUAAAGAGCUGUUAGGGUAUAUACCUACAACUCACGUGUCGCAAGAGAACUUAGUGGUGAAUGUGUGUACUGGACUAAAAGAGGAAGUUGAAGGCACCAAUAAGCGCCUAGACCGAGGAUAUGAUCAACAAGAACAACACUUCAAAGAGCAAAAAUUACGAGCUUUGACAGAUCAGCACCAACGUUGUCAUCAAGCUUUCAAGCUUUCAAAGUACGAGGAGCAAAAGAACAUUAAUCCGAGAAGAGUAGAAGGAACCUGUCAGUGGGCGCUACAGAGCGCCGAAUAUAUUCGCUGGUGGGAGAGCAACAAUAAUGAUCUCCUAUGGGUAUCAGCUGACCCAGGCUGCGGCAAAUCUGUACUUGCUCGAUCGAUCAUCGAUGACAAUUUACGAGAUUCUAGCUCCGGGGUGACAAUAUGCUACUUUUUCUUCAAAGAUAAUGAGGAACAGAACCAUCUUGCUACCGCUUUAUGUUCGUUGCUACAUCAACUCUUCAGCGAACGGCCUCAUCUAUUACCGUAUGCGCUACCAUCCUGGGAGAAAAACGGGGAGAAAAUACAACACGAGGUUGAUGAGCUUUGGCGGAUCUUUAUAAAAGCCACAUCAGCUGACUCGUCCCACAAGACGAUUUGCGUACUUGAUGCGCUCGAUGAAUGCCAAGAAGCCGAUCAGGGUCGAUUGAUUGAGAAGCUCCAGAUUUUUUAUCAUCAUCAAACAUCUUCAUCGACAAAAAGCACUUCCUGUUUAAAGUUCCUGGUCACUAGUCGUCCCUACGAUCGCAUACAGGAUCACUUUCGGGCAAUCACUGAUUUAUUCUCGCAUGUGCGCAUUAAGGGGGAGGAAGAAAAUGACCGAAUCCAUGAGGAAAUUGAUCUAGUAGUGAAAAUUCGAGUGAAAGAAUUAGCCGAAGGAGCGCAACUACCACCAGAGGUCUACCAGGGAGUCGAACAGCAGCUGCUUCAAAUGGAACACCGUACAUAUCUCUGGCUACAUUUAGCCAUGGAUGAUAUCCGAACCUCCUUUAAGCGGAGCCUGAGGCCCGCAGAGAAUUCGAUUACACUUAUACCGACUUCUGUGGAUGCAGCAUACGAAAAGAUCCUCUCUCGAGUCCAGCCAGAUGAAAUGGACAUAGUCAAAAGGAUCUUGGAGAUCAUCGUGGCGGCACGACGUCCUCUGACUAUACCAGAGAUGGCCGUGGCUCUAGGUAUUGCCACCUACACUGAGGCACGAACAAUAUUGGGGGCUAGACUGGCUCCAACUCAUUUACAGAGUAAACUUCGACAAUUGUGUGGCUUAUUUGUCUUUAUUAACAAUUCCAAAAUCUAUCUCAUCCAUCAGACUGCCAGGGAGUUUCUGAUUCAAAAACAAGCCUCGGAGAAUCUCCAGUUUACAUACUGGAGUAGCAUUAGUGAUGCAGAAAUUCUGAUGGCUGAGAUCUGUUUGCGAUAUCUUUUGAUGGAGGAUUUGGAAGACGAAGAAGGCAAAUCUCAUAUACGAGCCCUCUUAGAAUACGCAGCAGUACAUUGGGCCGACCACGUACAAAAGAUGAGUCUGAUGAAGGACCAAGAGAUGUUGAAUCAACUACAUCGCGUGUACGAUAUGCAUAGAAGACGGGUUUCAUUAUGGUUUCCAAUUUUUUGGAAGGCAGUAAUGCCAUACGAACUACAAGUUCCAUCAAUGAAUGCACUCCACCUAGCAGCAUUCAACGGCCAUGAACAGGAGGUUCAUUUUCUCAUUGCUAUCAAAAAACAAGAUGUCAAUAUGGCUGACGAUGCAAAAACAACACCGUUGAUGUGGGCCUCACAGAAUGGACACGACAGGAUCGUACAGAUACUGCUAGAACGAGGAGCCGAUGUCAACGCCCAGGGUGGAGACUACGGAACUGCGCUUUGUGCAGCUUCUUUUUGUGGAUAUGAUCAGAUCGUGCAGAUACUGCUAGAACAAGGAGCCGAUGUCAACGCCCAGGGUGGAGACUACGGAACUGCGCUUUAUGCAGCUUCUUGUAGGGGCCACGAUCAGAUCGUGCAGAUAUUGCUAGAACAAGGAGCCGAUAUCAACGCCCAGGGUGGAGACUACGGAACUGCGCUUUAUGCAGCUUCUUUUUAUGGCUAUGAUCAGAUCGUGCAGAUACUGCUAGAACGAGGAGCCGAUGUCAACGCCCAGGGUGGAGACUACGGAACUGCGCUUUAUGCAGCUUCUUGUUAUGGCCACGAUCAGAUCGUGCAGAUAUUGCUAGAACAAGGAGCCGAUGUCAACGCCGAGGGUGGAGACUACGGAACUGCGCUUUGUGCAGCUUCUUUUUGUGGCUAUGAUCAGAUCGUGCAGAUACUGCUAGAACGAGGAGCCGAUGUCAACGCCGAGGGUGGAGACUACGGAACUGCGCUUUAUGCAGCUUCUUGUUAUGGCUAUGAUCAGAUCGUGCAGAUACUGCUAGAACGAGGAGCCUAUAUCAACGCCCAGGGUGGAGACUACGGAACUGCGCUUUGUGCAGCUUCUUUUUGUGGAUAUGAUCAGAUCGUGCAGAUACUGCUAGAACAAGGAGCCGAUGUCAACGCCCAGGGUGGAGACUACGGAACUGCGCUUUAUGCAGCUUCUUGUAGGGGCCACGAUCAGAUCGUGCAGAUAUUACUAGAACGAGGAGCCGAUGUCAACGCCCAGGGUAGGAGGUACGGAACUGCGCUUUGUGCAGCUUCUUCUGAAGGGCACGACAAUAUCGUGCAGAUAUUACUAGAACGAGGAGCCGAUGUCAACGCCCAGGGUGGGAGGUACGGAACUGCGCUUUGUGCAGCUUCUUCUGAAGGGCACGACAAUAUCGUGCAGAUACUGCUAGAACGAGGAGCCGAUGUCAACGCCGAGGGUGGGAGGUACGGAACUGCGCUCCAGAUAGCUUCUUCUAGGGGCUACGAUCAGAUCGUGCAGAUACUGCUAGAACGAGGAGCCGAUGUCAACGCCCAGGGUGGAUUCUACGGAACUGCGCUCCAGAUAGCUUCUUCUAAAGGGCUCGACAAGAUCGUGCAGAUACUGCUAGAACGAGGAGCCGAUGUCAACGCCCAGGGUGGAUUCUCCGGAACUGCGCUCCAGAUAGCUUCUUCUAAAGGGCUCGACAAGAUCGUGCAGAUACUGCUAGAACGAGGAGCCGAUGUCAACGCCGAGGGUGGAUUCUACGGAACUGCGCUCCAGAUAGCUUCUUCUUGCGGGCACGACAAGAUCGUGCAGAUAUUGCUAGAACGAGGAGCCGAUGGCAGCGCCUAG